AUGAUUCCGCAAACUUGGGGAUGGUCUUCGUCUGAUCCGGAUCCUUUCUUUGAAAACGAACUGAAAUUUGAUGAAGAUCGAAGUCGAAAGUGCGAGAACUUCUUGAACGAACUAAAGAAAGUGGAUUUCGAAUGUAAUAUGGACAAGCUUCCGCAAUCCCGACAUACGAAAGAGAUCGUUCCUAGAGAACCACUUGCGAAUUUAGAGAUAGAGUCCGAAGAAGGAAAAAAUACUAACCAAGGACCGGUGAGAGACGUCGCUGUGGCAGAUGUGGGACGCGUGAAAGGAAAAAAGAAGAAACAUGAGGAAACAUACGAUUCACUGUUUAUGGAAGAGAACAAUCUUGAAAAGCAGGCGAUCGAAAUCAGAGGUAGCAUCAUAGACUAUGACUGGGAAAUCGAAAAAGACGACGGAGCUGCAGAGGUACAAAGACGCGAUCCCUUCAUGAAUCCGUAUUUCGACGAAAGCCUUCGGUAUUGGCCACAUUACAAACGAUGUCCUCAGCGAGAAGCGAUUAGAAGUAAUGUCGAGAGCGUAGAAAUUAAGCGGCCCACAGCUAGCGAGCUAGCAAACGAAGAAGUAAAAAUUCUGGUCGACACUGACAGACUCAAAGAGAAAAUGGCAAGAGACCACCGAGUAGCAAAGAUCCACGAAAGCCAAUUAGAGAGAGAAGCGGCAUUUUGGAAGAGUAAGAAGGCUUCACAACAGGCACUCAAAUACAAUGCAUGGGACUUGACUGAAGAGUCGGUCGGUCCGUCCGAUGAUUCGGAGAAAGGAUCAGUUUUCGAUCCUCCAGACUACGAGUCUUUUCCCUUCGAGGGUAGGCAGGCGGAGUCAAGCUACUUCAUGCAAAACCCUGAUAGUCCCGAAAGCGACAUUGUCAAUCCACUGUACAGACUUUCGCUUCAUGGGGAAGAGCCAAGAUUUUUCAAUGACGGCGAGAAUCGAGGAAUUAUUUACAACUCGGGCGAGGAUGGCUAUUUUGAAGCAAUAUCAUUCAAAGAAGGCGACAAUUGGGUAGGCUUGGCGAAUGCACACAGAGACAUGGUCGCAUCUCUCUUUCACGAAAUCGAAAAGUCCAUCAAGCAACUUGACGAAGAGCUAGAAAACGGGAACAAGUUGUACUAUCAAAAGAUGAAAUGCAAUAAGAUCAAUAAGUCAGCGCCGAUUUAUACUCAAGCACCAAGACACCAUACGGGAAUCAAGUACAUCACAACUCUCCUCCAGAUUGCUUCGGAUUUGGCGCUAGGAAAACUUGAAGUUCGACUUGAAAUCACCUCCAACCAGAGCUUCAAGAGUUUCUUCAAGUCACUCUUAUUGCAUGGCAGACCGCAAAACUUCGGCCCCUUUGUUGCCAAGAAGGAUUUGCUCGAAUUUGUCAAGGCUACGCUCGGUUUUCUCACCGUGCUCCUAGGACAUGCAAACGUGUGCAUGUGCGACCCUGGUGAUCCGAUGUAUGAUGAAGUUUAUGAGAAACUUGGUGCUCAAUUCUACGCCAACGUCCAUGCUUGGUUCAUCUGCGUGGUUACUUACGGCUUCAGACACGAGGACAAAGAAUAUCUUGAAAUACUAAAGCCACGGCUCAUCAGCUUUGUAAGGGUAUACGAGCACACCCAGUACGAGAGGUACAGAGCGCGCAAGGAUUACAACCUCCAGUUCUACGGGGACGUGGUCGAAUCGAAUCUGAAUAAUGAUAAGCCCAAGUCCGACGUUCUUAAAGACAUCAUGGAGAACUACAGCUGGAAGUAUCCGAUCCACAGCCUGUUGGCGACAGAGAGUCAUCGGACUCAUGGCUUGCUUCAUGUCAUUGAGCACUUGACCAACCUUGGGACUCUUCCGGUCUCUCGUUACAUUUUCCUCGAAUGGACUGACCGAGUUCGACCAAGGGAGCAUUACGACAGGAUGAGUUUCAAUGAGCAACACGCUCAUCUCAUGCUUACACAAGGAUACCGAUACGAAUACCAUCGCUUUUUCCCAAUGGCUGAGAAUCACAUGGAUAACACUUCGAUCCAGCAGCUCUUAGAAUUCUACCAGCACUCACUUCAAAAGUUAACAGAAGCACUGCCGGAAAAUUCGAAAGAACUCGCAAAGAAAAGUUCGGAAGAGCUUGUACUUGAAGACAUCGUCGCCAUGAAAGAAUUCGUAGAUAUUCUUGACAAGUACAUCGAUAUUUUUGGUCAUGGAAUCAGGUCGAGCUUGGGCAUCGCACAUCCGUUCAAGAAGCCAUUCGAGCCUUUUACGCCUGCCGAUGAGAUGGAUGAUCGCUGGAAAAUGCUGUUAGUGAGACUUCAAAGAGGAACCCCCGACGUUUUCUGGACAACCAGGAUGAUGUUUGCUCAUCAAUUCAACGAGAACCCAAUACAUUAUGAAAUUGUGCAGAGGGGAGAGAAAGGCGACUUGUUCGAGUACACAGAGAGUCAAAAGGAUAUAUCAGCGGUUUCGCAUGGUAUGAGAGUGCGUGUUAAAUUUCAUACCUUUGCUGUGCGGCGAUUGAGGCCGAAUAUCCUCGAAAAUUACAGUCUGGCGGAGGAGAAGGCCAAGUCAAAUGUUCUAUUCGACUCUGCUGUCAGACCAGACAGCACGAAGAUAGAAAUCGAUUUACCUGCUGAUCAAUACAAUAACGAGGAGGAGGAUGAGCGAAAUUCGCCAGAGGAAAUGAUGGAAUUGGAGUCCGACAACGAGGAAUUGGCAGAAGAAGACAACGAGGUCCGCGUGUGCGAUUGGAGAAAUUGCGGCGCUGACGCGUCGGGACUCAAAGACUUGGUCGCCCAUGUCAACUCGAAACACGUUCAACCUUCUGCAAAUGGCGGCUUCGUUUGCUUGUGGAAGAACUGCCCUAGAAAGCAGCGCGAGUUCAACGCCAGAUACAAAAUGCAGAUCCAUAUGAGAAUCCAUACCAGGGAGAAGCCUCAUGUCUGUGGAAAAUGUGGGAAGCAAUUUUCGCGGCAUGAAAAUUUGAAAAUUCACGUCCGAACUCACACAGGCGAAAAACCAUUUCAGUGUUCAUUCUGCGAAAAGAAGUUCAACAACAGCUCGGAUCGCUUCAAGCACCAAAGGACUCACAUUCACAAUCGGCCCUACAAGUGCAAAAUCAUCGGCUGCGAAAAAGGCUACACUGAUCCGAGCUCGCUUAGAAAACACAUUCGAAGCGUUCACGGUUUCCACGACCCUCAGAGCUACAAAGAGUUCGUGAGAAAACAGGGCGAAGCAGUAGAGCUAGAAGAGCCGAUAGGAAUCGACGAAGACUCCUCGGAUCCUCUAGACCUGUCUCGCAAGGCGGAAAUUUCUAAUUAG